AUGGCACCUCACGCUCUCUCUCCUGCCGUCCAUUCGGAGGCCGCUUCACCGGCACCUACGCAAGCACAGUCCGACAUUACCGUCCUCGCAUCGUCUCGAGCAGUAAUCAAAGGCCAUCUUACAGCCGCAACAAUAGUCAUUUCUACUGUCACAGGCAAGAUCCAGUCGAUCUGGGAGUCAGUCUUGCCCGCUUCGUCGUUCCCUGCUGGGACUCCGUAUGUCGACCACUCGCCGCACAUCUUGAUGCCAGGAUUGGUAGAUGCACAUGUGCAUUUGAAUGAGCCAGGAAGAACAGAAUGGGAAGGCUUUUGGACAGGAACACGAGCAGCUGCUUUUGGUGGUGUAACAACAGUGGUGGACAUGCCUCUCAAUGCCAUUCCCCCCACUACGACGGUCGCAGGGUUCGAGGAGAAGAUUGCUGCUGCUAAAGGAAAGUGCUGGGUUGAUGUUGGCUUCUAUGGCGGUAUCAUCCCUGGCAAUGUCGAAGAAUUAAAGCCAUUGGUCAAGAUGGGUGUCCGAGGCUUCAAAGGUUUCCUCAUCGAUAGUGGUGUCGAAGAGUUCCCCGCCGUAUCCUCCGAAGACAUUGCCAAAGUUUUCCGCGAGCUUGGUGAUGAGCCCACGACAGUCAUGUUCCACGCAGAAAUGAUUCCCCCAGUCACAAAAUCCGUCGGCGACGAUGUACAAAUAUCAGACCCUCCUAUGGUUCCAUCCGGCCCUCUGGACGUCUACCAGACCUUCCUCGAUUCGCGUCCAUCAACAUUCGAGACAUAUGCCAUUUUGGAAAUUUUGAGUUUGGCACAUCUAGCACCUCAAUUGCCUUUGCACAUUGUGCAUCUGUCAGCUAUUGAGGCUAUUCCAAUGCUGCGUGAGGCUCGUGCCAAGGGUGUCAAUAUUACAGCAGAGACAUGUUUCCACUACCUGUCGCUCGCAGCAGAGGCCAUCAAGAACGGAGACACAAGACACAAGUGCUGCCCACCCAUCCGCAGCCAAAGCAACCAAGACGGACUCUGGCAGGAGAUGUGCAGACCCGACGACAGCGUCAUCAAGACCGUAGUCUCUGACCACUCUCCCUGCACACCCAACCUCAAACUUCUUCCCGCAAACGUACCUGGUGCCAUUGAGACCACCAGCAAAAAAGGCGAAGGAGACUUCUUCUCCGCAUGGGGCGGCAUCAGCAGUGUAGGUCUGGGCAUCAGUGUUCUCUGGACCGAAGCCGCCGCCCGCAACAUCACCAUUGAAGACGUGGUGCGCUGGUGCUGUCUCAACACUGCCAAGCAAGUCGGUCUCGAACACCAAAAGGGAGAUAUUGCUGUUGGUCUCGACGGUGAUAUUGCAGUCUUUGACGACAAGGCUGAGUUUGUUGUUCAGCCCAACACUAUGCUUUUCCGCAAUAAGUGCAGUCCUUACCAGGACAAGACUCUAAAAGGUGUUGUCAAGGAGACUUGGCUUCGUGGUCGCAGAAUCCAUACUCGCGAGCAAGGGUUCGUGGAGAAGACUGGUCCUGCUGGACAGCUUCUGCUCGAGCCAAGAGUCAAGGCCGAGGUGUAA